AUGGUGCAAAUGAUUUGGCGACACGGCGAUCGAGCGCCAAAACAAUUACCGUAUCCAAAAGACAUGUAUGGUGAAAAACGUUGGCCGAGAGGAUGGAAUCAAUUGACUAAUGUGAGCAAUGUUUUUCUCAACGUCAUCAGAAAUUUCAAGGUUGAAAAACUUCCUGAAAGUCAUGUUCAUCUACAAAUCUACAAAUUCAGUUUCAUUUUUUUUCAGAAAGGAAUCGAGCAAGCCAGGAAUCUUGGUAUUUUCUUUAGAAACUAUUACAAAUCUAGCGGAUUGUUGCAAGAAUUCAACAAAGAUCAAAUCCAUAUUCUUUCCAGUGAAUCUGAAAGAGCAAUAAAUACAGCACAAGCAUUUUUAGCUGGUUGUUUUCCACCAAAUGGCGAAUUUGUCUGGGAUUCUUCCACCCUAAAAUCCUGGCAACCCACACCAUUUCAUACAACUGGACCUGGACCAGAUCCUCUUCUUCGAGGCACAAAAAUCAAAUGUCCCAACUAUGAAAAGAUCGAGGCACAAGAAGAGAUCCACGUGGCAGCAAGAAUCAAUAAAGAAUAUGCGGAACUGUUUGAGAUGCUUGAAAAUUAUACUGGAAUUUUGAAAAUUGAUUAUGAAAAUGUGAAAGAUUUGUAUAAUAUUCAACGGGAGAUUUAUCAUAAAAUGGAGCAGCCAAAAUGGGUCAAUCAAAUUUGGAACAAAAAACCUGUUAUAGAACAUUUGAAAGAGCUCAAAAGAAUCUCAAGAAUUCAAAAAUUCAAUUCUCCACAAAAAUCGAAAUUUCGAGGAGGUUUUCUUGUCAACAAAUUCAUCCAAAAUAUGUUAGAUUUCAAAUCUGGCGCCUCGAAAAUCAGUCAAUAUUUAUAUUCUUCACACGACGGAACACUUUCAGCACUUGGAUAUGCUUUGAAUAUUUCAGAUCAUCAACUUGUUCCAUAUGUUGCUACUUAUAUUAUUGAACUUUAUGAUGAUAAUACUGUUCAAGUUUUAUAUCGAAAUUCAGAUGCAAAUCCGAAUUCUUUGAUUAUUCCUGGAUGUUCGAAAUUUUGUCCGUUGGAUAAAUUUGUGAAAUUAUUUGAGAAUGUUAGGGUUAAAACAUUGAGUGAAUUAUAUUCAAUUUGUGGAACUAAAUUGUGA